GCGUUUCCAUUGUUGCUUUUUUUCUUUUUCAGAUAACACUGUGCUGCGAGACUUAUUUAUUGAAAUACAUUUUCUGGAAUGAAGUAGACAAGCAACAUAGAAAAGGUGUAAUUACUUAUAAGUAAUGACAGUUCAUUUAUCUCUAGACGCAUAUUUGUUCUUUGUGAUUAACCCAAAAAGUCUUUGGUGGAAGCAAAGAAACAAAUACCUGUAUUUGUAUAGACCUAAAGUCUGCUGGAGGAUAAAUCAUGCCGUUCCCCUGAGAGUUUUUCAUACAAGCGAGCCUCGGUGUAAAUGGGCCAGAAGCAGAACAUUUUGGUAUAACAAAUACGCUUACAGCCAUGACUUUUUGUACUAUAAAGUUUCGAAACUUUUAACUUCUUCUUCCAAAGGACUUACGAAAGUGAACAAUCGCAUGUCACGCAUUAAGAGUACUAUAGAAUCUGUUUCAAAGGCAGUGUCUGGCACUCACAGUGAACUGCUUUCGCGGAUAGCUCGAUUGAAGUCACACUCAGGUACUCUGGGAAAAGCAAAUAAAAGUAGUGCAGAUGCAAAUAACAUCAAUGCAAAUGUAGAAAAUGAUAAACAAGUCACAGAUGCCAGAACUCGGGAGGAUUGCAACAGAGGCCCAGCUGCAAAGAAAUCCACUUGUGCAAACAAAAACUUGGAGUCUGUGUUAGUAAGUUCAGGUGGCGCUUACCAAGAUACGCCAGAAGAUGCAGCGUCUGCUAAAACCCACCUUUUUCAUAUAAGCUACUUUUCUACAAAUUUUGGAGAGACAUACAACUUUGUAGCUGAUCAUAUCAACUGGUACUUUAAUAAUAAUUCUGUUAUGGAACAAGAGAAAAAAAAGAAUGCUUUAUUACAGGACCCUAAAAGAGAAGAGAGGAAUAAGCUCGAUUCAUCAGAAGAUGCUGUGAUGAGUGAAGAAAAGACAGUGGAUUCAGCAGCUACUUUAGCUCCUGAGGCAGAGACUCUGGGUGCUGAAAAGGCAAAUACUUCUCUUCCCGUUUCCACUAAAAAAAGUAUUGCAAACUUUCUUUCAUACCCCAGUAACAGUGUACAAGCUUUCGUAGACAGUUACAUUGGUGGGUUGGUUCCCAAGUUAAGAUCCGAUACAAAAGUUGUUUCACAAGAAAAGAGUAAACAGGCGGAACAAGAAGUGCCUGAGAAAGACGAGGAGGACAAAGCAAAAGAGGCUAAGACUGCUGAAGAGAGGGAAAAGCAUCUGUCUCUUCAGAGGGAAAAGAUUAUUGCAAGAGUGAGUAUUGAUAACAGGACUCGAGCUUUAGUUCAAGCACUACGAAGAUCCUCUAAUCGAAGAGUCUGUAUCAGCAGGGUUGAAGAACUGACCUACCAUCUCCUAGAAUUUCCAGAGAGCAGAGGAGUUGCAAUUAAGGAAAAAUUAAUCCCAUGCCUACUGCGACUGAGAGAAGCAAAUGACGAAAGUCUUCAGGCUGCUGUUAGAGAGACUUUAGCUAUAAUUGGAUAUACAGACCCUGUGAAAGGCUGGGGAAUUCGAGUCCUCACUAUUGAUGGAGGAGGAACAAGGGGUUUAGUUGCACUUCAGACUCUACGGAAACUAGAAGAACUAACUGGGAAGCCAGUUCAUCAACUUUUUGACUACAUUUGUGGUGUAAGCACAGGAGCUAUAUUAGCUUUUAUGUUGGGGUUGUUUCAUAUCCCUCUGGAUGAUUGUGAAGAACUGUAUCGCAAGUUAGGAUCAGAUGUUUUUAAGCAGAAUGUCAUUGUUGGAACAGUCAAAAUGGGUUGGAGCCACGCCUUUUAUGACAGUGAUAUCUGGGAAAAAAUGCUCAAAGAAAAAAUGGGCUCAAAUCUUAUGAUUGAAACUGCAAGAAAUUCGAAAUGUCCAAAGGUAGCUGCAGUAAGCACCAUUGUAAAUAGAGGAACACCACUGAAAGCAUUUGUUUUUAGAAACUACAAUCACUUUCCUGGUGUUAAGUCUCACUAUAUUGGAGGCUGUCAGUAUAAACUGUGGCAGGCCAUUAGAGCAUCAUCUGCUGCACCGGGUUACUUUCAGGAAUAUAUUUUGGGAAAUGAUCUUCAUCAGGAUGGAGGUCUGCUGCUAAAUAAUCCUUCUGCACUGGCGGUUCAUGAGUGCAAGUGUCUUUGGCCAAACGUUCCAUUGCAGUGUCUCGUAUCGCUGGGCACCGGUCGAUACGAAAGUGAGGGAAAGACCAAUGUCACAUACACCAGUUUGAAAGCCAAACUCACAAAUGUUAUCAGCAGCGCAACGGAUACGGAAGAAGUUCACACCAUGCUGGAUGCACUGUUACCUCCAGAUACUUAUUUCAGAUUUAACCCUCUUAUGAAUGAAGACAUACCUCUGGAUGAAAGUCGGAAAGAGAAACUCAAUCAGCUGCAGACAGAUGGAAUUCGUUAUUUAGAACGAAAUGAAGAAAAACUGAGAAAAGCUGCAAAAAUAUUAACACAGGAAAAAAGAGCUUUGCAGAGACUUCAGGACUGGAUAAGAUUAAAGGCUGACAUGUGCACCUAGGAGGGAUCAUGAACACUUUGAACAACAGGAUUUCAGUGCAGCAUGAGUUUGAGAAUAAAAUAGAUUAGAAUGAUAAAAGUGCCUCUGAAGAAUGAAAAUGUAAAACUAAGAGUGGGAGAAUGAAUAAUCUAAUGCAGAAUGUCACGUUAAAGGAAUCCUGCUUGGAAGAAGUACCCUUGGGAAUGCUGUGCGGUUAUCCAGUUAACAAACUGAAACUGAGUCAGCAGUCACAGCUACAGAAAUAAGGAUGUGUAUCAAUGCACCAGGGAAUUCCUUGGCCAGGAAAAUGUGAACAAACCUGAAAAAAUGAGGUAUCAAUGUGAAUUCUGAAUCUAGAAUAAGAAAUCACAAGAUAGUAGAUAACUGUUCCAGGUUACUCAUGAAGUUAAAGAAGACAACAAGGUUUAUCUGCCCAGAUGAGUAUCCCCAUUUGAAAUGUGCCAGGUUUGCAUCCUGGAAAGAAAAAUUGGGAAGUUCGCGCUUUAGUGUAGAAAGUGAUCAUGGUGGGUUGACCCUGGCUGGAUGCCAGGUGCCCACCAAUCCGCUCUAUCACUCCUCUCCUCAGCGGGACAGGGGGAGGACAAAACAAGAUGGAAACAAACUCGUGGGUCAAGAUAAAGGCAGUUCAAUAAAGCAAAAGUAAAACCUGCACAUGGAAGCAAAGGAAAACAGAUUUAUUCUCUAAUUCUCAUCAGCAGGCGAUGUCCGGGUGCUUCCUGGGAAGUAGGGCUUCAGUACGCAUAGCGGUUGCUCCGUAAGAGAGAAGUCAUAAUGAUGAAUCCUCCCACCUGCCCCUUUCUCUUAGCAUUUAUUGCUGAGCAGACGUCGUAUGGUAUGGAAUAUCUCUUUGGUCAGUUUGUGUCAGCUGUCCUGGCUAUCUCCCCUCCCAAGAUCUUGCCCACCCCCAGCCUACUGCUGAGGGGUAAACACUGGAGAGACAGCCUUGCUGCUGUGCGAGCACUGCUCAGCAGCAGCCAAAACCCUGGUGUGUUAUCAACACCUUUCUAGCUGCCAAUGCAAAGCACAGCUGUAUGAGAGCUGCUGCGGGGAAAAUGAGCUCCAUCCCACCUCGACCCAGCACAGUGAUAAUGUCAAAACUUUGCAAAACUGGCAUUAUGUCCUCUGAUUUUGAAAGGCAGGAAGAAAGAGUCCAGACCAGGAGAUUAAAAGGUAUAGACAUAAAAUAAUGUCCCUUUAUGCAAAGUCAGAAAAAGAAAAGGUCUCUAGGUCGUCUCUUAGUUUCUAAUUAUCUAUGCAGAAGGAGAUCUUAAUUGAAGGAGGUUUCAUUACCAAAGGAAAGAAAAUAAAACUUGUAAAUGCUGAAGCUGAUCACUGAUUUUAGGAUAUUUCCUGUCGGUGUCCAUUCCAGCAGUGAUGCGAAGAUACUGAUUCUAUUGCAGCAGGCAGAGGCAGCAGCAGUUCAAUGUAAUUGUAGUUUUGGUCACUGAUAUUAGAGAAAGAGAUACUGAGACUAAAACAGAUGCAAAGAAGGGCUGCCAAAGGGAAAAUUUAAGAGAACGUGGUUUGUUUCAUCUAAUAAAACAAGGGCUGGAAGGAGGGUACAUGCUGCUGUUUAAAAAUACUUCAAGGAGGAAAAGAUCGUGAGCUAAAGGGUAACACUUGCAUAAAACCAAAGGUGCUCAAACUGACCAGAAAUUAAUUUAGCCAGAAAAUAAAAGGUGAUAAAGCCCCAAGGACCAAGAUUAGAGAAAGCUAUGCAGGGAAUUAACACAGCAAAAGUGUAAGUUUAAUGUAAGUUUUAGAAACUGAGCUCAUGAAUGGGGUUCUGUAAUGCACAGUGAGACUGGCUACAGUCUCCAUGGCCCACUGAAUCCCUUCUAACCUAUGUGGCAAGUAAGAACUCAUUAGCCGCUUAUAUAUAACAGAACCCAUAGGCUUAUGGAAGCUUCUAACAGCUCCUUCUUAUUUGGCCUAAUAGGUACGGAUUGUUGUCUUCUCUUUGAUCCAUCUGUUACAGAGCAUUUCAUUUAUUUUGCUUUCCUUGCCCAGCUGGUAAAGGGAACUGACAGAGAUUAAAAUCCUUACCUGCUGCUGGGUCAACAAACAGUGCCGAUUUUCUUCCAUUAAAACUGUUCUCAAAAUCACAAGUAUCAAACACAGACAUAACCUUUUGCAGGAGAGGCUGUGUUAAGGGUUCCUGUUUCUGCUUAAGGACUGCACUCCCAGGCACAGCUGUGGGAUCAACCUGUGGCUUUGCACACUCAACUACGUAAGGCAAGGAGGCAAAAUCACUUCUUUUUUUUUUUUUUCACACUGUUGCCUAAAAAGUGAGUAAAAUUUUCAGACCUUGCAGAACUGUUCCAUUUGUGUCCCUUCCAGCUGGUUUCUUUCUUGCUAAAUAUUAGAUUUGAAACGAUCGCCAAGCAUGUCUGAACAAUACUUAGACAAAUCUGGGUAUGAAUACAGCAGGAAAGACAACAAUAUUUCUAUAUCAGACUGAGUUUUAAAUAAUUUGCACCAGAUAUGCCAUGUCAUAAAUCCUUGGGAAGAGCUACAGAUCAGUAAGGAAAGCUUAGAUGAGAUUGUCAGGAAGCAAAUGUGCUCUGGA